GAAGAAGAGGAACGGUCAGCACUGGAGCUAGCAGCAGAGCAGUGUCGGUUGUGGCCAACACUCCCACGUGAAAAACAGCUAGAGCUCAUCCAGAAGGAGGAGAGUACAGUAUUUAGCCAGGCCAUUCAUUAUGCCAAUCGUAUGAGCUACCUACUACUACCAUUGGAUACUUCUAAAAACCGCCUUCUGCGAGGGGGAGCAGGCCUGGGAGAUACUGAAAGCGUGAGCAACAGCUUCAUUACCAACAGCAUGGCAGGCAGUGUUGCAGAAAGUGCAGACACAGAAAGUGGGUUUGAAGAUUCAGAAAGUUCAGAUGUGGCACAUUGUGUGGUCAGAUUCAUCACACGGUUUGUGGACAAAGUAUGUACAGAGAGUGGUGUCACACCAGAUCAUCUGAAAGGCCUUCACACCAUGAUUCCCGAUAUUGUUCAGAUGCACAUAGAGACUUUGGAUGCAGUACACAGAGAGAGUAAGAGGCUUCCACCUAUUCAGAAGCCCAAACUCUUGCGGCCCACAUUGCUAGUUGGUGAGGAUUUGCUAAUGGAAGGCCUCAGAGUUUACUUACUGCCAGAUGGCAGAGAGGAGGCAUCGGGUGGCAGUCUUGGAGGACCCCCACUGCUUCCUUCCGAAGGGGCCCUCUUCCUCACUACUUACCGCUGCAUCUUCAAGGGUACUCCAGUUGAUCCUUUAGUGUCAGAACAGACGGUAGUGCGGUCCUUUCCUAUUGCUUCUCUGACUAAGGAAAAGAAAAUCAGUGUUCCAGCUCAUCUGGACCAGUAUGUGCAAGAAGGACUUCAGCUACGCUCGUGUACUUUUCAGCUCUUGCGAGUGGCAUUUGAUGAGGAGGUUCCAUCUGAAGUGUCUGAGGGUUUCCGCAAGCAACUUCACAAGCUUAGGUAUCCUCAAGAUGUCCUUGGGACCUUUCCAUUGAGUGUUGGUCUCUCCCUCCCGCAUGCCUCUCAACCCAGGACCAAGGACAAAAACCCCUCCAUCAAGACCAUAUCUAAGAACCUUGUGAAGAAUGCUAAAAAGACAAUUGGCAGGCAGUAUGUGACACGCAGGAAAUACAGUCCCCCAUCCUGGGAUCUCCGUAGUAGUCAGAACUCUUUGGAACAACAGAGUGAUGACAUUUCUGUGUCUGAAGACAUGGAAAGAAGUACACUGACCAUUUCCACCCUAAAGGCUCCUGACAAACAGGCAGGGGGUAAUCUGGCAGAGAGAGCGUGCUGCCGUGACUAUCAGAGAAUGGGGCUUGGUACACUGAGUAACAGCUUGACUCGUGCUAAAAACGAACCAUUUCGAAUCUCUACUGUAAACCGCAUGUACGCAGUUUGUAACAGCUACCCAGGGUUGCUUAUAGUGCCACAGAGUAUCCAGGACAACACUCUACAGAAGAUAUCCCGCUGCUACAGGCAAAAUAGAUUUCCAGUAGUAUGUUGGCGCAGUCCUCGGACCAAAGCCGUUCUGCUACGCUCAGGGGGGCUUCAUGGCAAAGGCGUAGUUGGACUCUUUAAAUCUACCAAUACCACUGCCACUGGCCCAUCUCAGACAGACUCUACUUCUUUGGAGCAAGAGAAGUACCUCCAGGCCAUAGUGACCUCAAUGCCUCGCUUUGCAGAAAUGAGUGGGCGCAACACCCUCAGUGCAUUCCCAUCUGCACAUCUCUAUGUUGUAGGUAAAUGGGGCAGCAUGCGUGGCACUGGGAGACUUAGUGCCUAUGGUAUGAACGCAGAUGUAGGAACACGAUUGGCUGCUAGAGAGCUUUUGACCCCCCAUCAAAAUGGAGGACCCUCAGAGAGUGCACUGACCCCACGAAGAGCUGCGCUGUACAUCAUAGGUGACAAGUCACAACUCAAAGGAGUAAAGCAAGACCCACUUCAGCAGUGGGAACUGGUCCCCAUUGAGCUUUUUGAUGUGAGGCAAGUGAAGGCCAGUUUUAAAAAAUUGAUGAAAGCCUGUGUACCUAGUGCCCCCUCCACAGACCCCAGCCUGUCGUAUCUGCGCACACUGGAAGACUCCGAAUGGCUGUUACAGAUUCACAAGCUCCUGCAGGUCUCUGUGCUGGUUGUGGAGUUACUAGACAGUGGAUCUUCUGUUCUGGUUGGAUUGGAAGAUGGGUGGGAUCUCACUACACAGUUGGUGUCCCUAGUUCAACUGCUGUCUGACCCAUAUUACCGGACUAUUGAGGGUUUUCGGCUACUCUUGGAGAAAGAAUGGCUUUCAUUUGGUCACAGAUUCAGCCAUCGUGGAGCACAUACUGCGGCCAGUCAGAGCAAUGGUUUCACUCCUGUUUUUCUACAGUUUCUGGACUGUGUGCAUCAGAUCCAUUUGCAGUUCCCCUCUGAGUUUGAGUUCAGUCAGUAUUAUCUGAAGUUUUUGGCAUAUCACUAUGUGUCAAACCGGUUCCGCACCUUCUUGUUGGAUUCAGACUGUGAGAGAAUAGAGAAAGGCAUUCUCUAUGAGGAGAAGGGUGAUCGGAGAGGCCCCCAAGUUUGCAGAUCAGUAUGGGAUUAUAUGGAACGGCUGAAUAAGAAAAAUCCAGUGUUUUACAACUACAUGUUCAGUCCUGAAGAUGGAGAAGUGCUGCGUCCAUACAGCUCAGUAUGGGGUCUUCGUGUAUGGGAUUAUUAUACUCAUGAGGCAAUGAGUGAAGGGCCUUCUUAUGACUGGGAACUUCUACAAGCACCCCGCCAUGAAGAACCUGAAAAAACUGACAGUUCUGCCCCGCAGACCAAACGCAAGAUUAUUUGGCCUUCCUAUCAUGCACCGCAGCGUGUUCAGCCUGACGCCAUCACAUGCUUAUUAGAGGAGUUGCAGAAUCUGGAGAUGGAUUUGCGGCCUGUACCAGAACGUUGGAAAGAAGCCUGGGAUAAGGUCAAAGCUGUCCACAGGACAGAGGUUCGACAUGAGAGUCGAAAAUCAAGCGCUCUGCUAAUGUCAUCAAAUGUGUCCUCUCAGCGCCAGUCAUUGGGAAUAUAUCUCCAGGAGAGUGGUGUGGGAUCUACGCUGAACCUGAGCUUAGAAAGUGGUCCAAGCACUACAAGUACGCCUACCAGUGCAGGGAAAAUGGGCGCUCGCAACAGCACUAGCACCUUAUACAAUCAGUUCAACACUGCAGAGAGAGAAAACAGGUCAUAUGAAGGGACUUUGUAUAAGCGAGGAGCUUUUAUGAAACCUUGGAAACCACGUUGGUUUGUGUUGGACAAGACAAAACAUCAGCUGCGCUAUUAUGAGAGCCGUACAGACACUGAAUGUAAAGGGGAGAUAGAUUUGGCGGAGGUGGAGUCUGUCUAUACAGGUACUCCAACCAUGGGUGCUCCCAAAAAUAUGGAUGAAAGGUCAUUUUUUGAUUUGAAAACAACCCGGCGGGUUUAUAAUUUCUGUGCCACAGACCCUUUGUUGGCCCAGCAGUGGAUUGACAGGAUUCAGAGCUGCCUGUCAGAUGCGUGA